AUGUCUACUGAAUCCUCUUUUGGUUAUGUACCAUGUAGCAGCUGUAAUGAAAAGAUAACAGAUCAAUUCUGGAUGUUGUCGGAAAAUAAAUUCUGUAGUGCCUGCCACUCGAAAUCAUUGGGAUCAAAAACCACCAAGAAGAAACUACCAACAUGCGCCAAUAAAGUAUGCCGAACACGACUAAAAUAUGGUUCCAAGCUUCACCCAAAAACAAAGGAAGAAGUAUGCUUUUCAUGCUAUUCAUUUGUCAUAAUGAAUGGAAAAGAUCGAGAAACUAAACGAGAACGAAAAACUUUGAAAGACAAAAUGCGGGAAUACAAAAACAAAAAGUGCGCCAACAAAUUCUGUCAACUUCCGCUUCUACACACGAAAAGAUACGCGUCACACCCAAUAACUAAGGAGAAAAUUUGCAUGUCCUGUUAUUGCUAUUAUAAAAGAAAAGGAAAAGAUCGAGAAGUGAUUAGAGUGAGAGGUGACUAUAAGGAAAGGUUGGCACAAGUUUUUACACAAGAAAAACCAUCGCAAGACAACUUUCUCAAAAUGUUACAAUACAUGCCAACAACUGUAGAAGUAAUCAAAGUUAACCAUAUGGGAGGCGGGUCUGACCAGAAAUUGGAUAGUGAUGAGGAUUUUGAAAAGCGGCCCAGCGAUUUCAACGCUGACCUUGAAGACGUGGCACUUGUAAAUCCAGAACAACUAGAUUCUCCUAUUGAAGACAAACCUGAUGUUCUUGUGUCUGAUGAGCUCCGAAAGAACAUUUUAACAAGUGACCAUCUUGCCUACUCGCAACGUAAUGAGCUACCAGAAGCUGAAAAUGCCACUGGAUCUGAAAAGGCUCCUAGUUUAGAUGAAUUUGAAGAGGAACGUGCUGUGGAAUCCUUUAUGGAUGCUGAUGGUUAUGUAACCCCAGCCCAUGAUGUCUCUGACAGCGAUAGAUCAUCAUAUAGUUCUACAUCUUCAGAAUCUUUAGAAUCUUCAGACGACUCUGCUGAUAAUGAAAGUGAUGAUGAGAAUUAUUCAAUGGAAAGUACAUUCGAAGAUAGUUCUACAGUAACCCAGGAUAAUGGGGCUCCAUCUCCCAUUUUAAUGAACACUACAGAAGAUUCAAUGAAAGUUGAAAGUCCAGUGCAAUUAGAACUCAAAGAACCUGCUAACAAUACCCAGAUCACACAUGAAAAUCCAACACAAGAACCGCCGAAAGAAAAUGAAUAUAAGAUAGUCUGCUAUGAUCCGCAAUCUGAGGUCCCAAUUGGUAAAGAAAUAAUGUCAGCAAUUGAUGAAGACGCAGAAUAUAAUGAGAGCGAGGAACAAGCUCCAGAACCAAUCACUGCAAAAAGUAGUCCGUCCAGUAAAAGACGCAAAUCACCUGAUAAGGAGGAAAACAUAAGAACAUCGUUCAAAGAAAAAGCGUAA